AUGACGUCCUCCCAGGCCGUGCGCCUGCGCGACAUCCUCAACGACGCGCUGUGGAUCGACUGCGCGCGCCCGGAGAUUCGCGCGCGAGAUCAGCUGCCGGGCACGCUCGCGUUCGAUCAUCCGUCGAUCGGCGAAAUCGUCGCGUUCGCGACGGAAGCGACGGGGGUCGACGCGAUCGUCGCCGCCGCAGCCGCGAAGGGUCCGCCGACGUCGGCGCCCGCGCCCGCGCGCGCGCCCGCGUCGUCGACGCCCCGACGCGCGUCGUCGGGGGGGUGGCUCGUCGAGCAGCGCCGCGCGGAAGCGCGCGCGUUCAUCGCGCAGUGCGCGGCGGCGCUGAUGAAGUGCCAGAAGGGCAAAGCCGCGUUGUACUGCGGCGGCGACGCGCUUCUGUCCGAGGACGUCGCCGAGGGCGGCGCGCUGCGCCUCUGCGGCGAGAUCGCUCGCGUCUCCGGCGCGGCAUUCCUGUGCGAGAACGCGUUCGCGCGCGUCGACCGCGGCGGCGGGUUGCCGUGCCCUACGCGGUUGCCCUACUUCCCUCAAGACGCCGCGAGGGCUUUGUCGGCGUACGAGCUCGUCGUCACGAUGGACGCGCGGCGACCGAUCGCGAUGUUCGGAUACGACGGCGCCGGGCCGUCGCACCUCAUCCGCCUCCACGACGACGCGGUGUGGGACCUCGACGUCGGCGACAGCGUGUGCGUCACCGCGCAGAUGCUCCUUGACGAGGUGCGAGCCCUCGCGAAGAGAGGCGGUGGAAGGGACCUGGCGCCGAACGUUUCUCAGGAUUUCUCGCCGAUUUCUCCGCCGUCGCCGCCGACGCACGACGGGCCUCUGACCGCGUCGGCGAUGUGUCACAUCGUCGCGGCGCUGCAGCCGAAAGACUGCGUCGUCGUCGACGAGUCGCUCACGAGCGGCGCGAGCUACUGGGACCACAGCGCGACGUGCGAGCGGUUCUCGCACCUGACGCUCACGGGCGGCGCGAUCGGGUUCGGCCCAGCCGCCGCCGUCGGCGCCGCCGUCGCGUGCCCGGGUCGCAAGAUCAUCAACAUUCAAGCCGACGGCAGCGGGCUGUACUCCGCGCAGGCGCUCUGGACGCAGGCCAAGGAGCGACUGGACGUCGUCACCGUCGUCUGCGCGAACCGCAAGUACGCCAUCUUGAAGCUGGAGCACGCGAUGCAACGCGUCGGCGCGCCCGGGAAGGCGUCCAAGGCGCGUUCGUCUACAGUACUGUAUCCAAACGCGCUCACCGAACUCGACGACCCCCCCGUGUCGUGGGGGAAGCUCGCGGAGGGUUUCGGCGCGAAGGCGUUCGUCGCCGAGACGAUGGGCGAGUUUAAGAUCGCGUUCGCGAGGGCGCUGCGGACGCCCGGGCCGGUCGUCAUCGAGGCGUCGCUGCAGUGAAGCGAAGCGAUUCGGUCGGUCCCGUCGCGAAUCGUUUUCAUUGUUCAGUUUCAUCAUCGCGCCGCCGUCUAUCACGUCUAAAAGCGGCGCGUUCUAAGAGCAACGCUCGUCCCGAGCGCGCGCGCAGAAUCGUUCCCUCCCUCCCUCCAUCCCUCCCUCCCUCCCCUCGCGGCAACGUAACGCGCGUCGUCCGUCCCCCGUCACGCGUCCACGAAGUCUUCAAUCUCCGCGUCCCCCCCCGAGUCCACGCGCAUCCGCCCCAUCCCGGCGAGUCCCCCCGCGGGCCCCGCGAGAACGUCCGUCGCCUUCUGCAGGUAAUGCUUGUCCUCCAUCACCGCCUCCUCCGCGGCGCGGACGCGAUUCGCGAGCGUCAUCAUGUCCUUCAUCUCCUCGUCGAGCCGCUCCGCCAUCGCCGCGGACGCGUAGCGAUCCGCGCCGGCGUCGUGGAAUCGCACGACGCCAUCCUUUUGGUCGACGCUCGCGGAAACCUCGUUCGACGCGAUCAUGUCGACGAGGAGCGCCUCCGC